CCACACGCGACCCCCUCCUUCUCCUCAGCCUCCCGCCUUCAGUCCCCGCUUCCUUUCCUUCUCUCAUCCGUAAAGCAAACAUUUCCGCUGCUGGCAAGAGAGAGAGAAAGAGAGAAAGAGAGAGAGAGCCGGGGCUGGAAGAAGCGAGGAUGGGCGCUGAGGUCAAGAGCGCCAGAGAGAGAGGCCGGCGGAGCAGCCAGGGCAGAGGGCAGCCUCGGCAGGACUCCCCCUUUAUCCGCGCAAAGCCUCGCCUGGGCUGAAUGCGAGGCCUCAGGGAGCAGGAGCCAGAGAAGCCAGGAGGGAAGAGAAGGAGAGCCUGGUUGCAUUAGGAAGAGCCUUGUUUUGAUUCUUCCAAGCCAGAAGCACCACGCGAGAAAGGGAGAGAAAGGGGAACUCCAGUGAACCUUCCCAGGCUUUUCCUUUCAAGCAAGCAGAAGAGAAGGAGAGGGAUUGAGGGGAACUGGUUGCGAAGGUGAAAAAGAGGCGCAUUCCCAGUUUAUUAUUACUGUUUCCAACAGGAGAAGGCGAGGAGAAGUGAAAAAGGAGAAGGCGAAGAAGGGAAGGAAGGAAGGAAGGAAGGAAAGAGCCUCUUUGCAUUAGGAAGAGCCUUGUUUUGAUUCUUCCAAGCCAGAAGCACCAAGCAAGAAGGGGGGGGGGGCGAGGAGAAGUGAAGGAAGAGAAGGCGAGAAGGAGAAGUGAAAGAGGGGAAGGCGAAGAGGAGAAGGAAGGAAGAGCCUCUUUGCUUUAAGAAGAGCCUUGUUUUGAUUCUCAGGAGCACCAAGCAAGAAAGGGGGGGGAGAACUCCAGUGAACCUUCCCGACUUUUCCUUUAAUACAAGAAGAAGAGAAGCCAGAAGGGUCACAAAAGCGGAAGGAGACGGAUUUGGGGGGCAACUGGGUGAUCCCGCUGGUUGUGAAGGUGAAGAAGAGGCGCCUUCCCGGCUUAUUAUUACCUUUGGAGAAGUGAAGGGGAAGGAAGGAAGGAAGGAGAGCCUCUCUGGAUUACUCUGAGGAAGAGCUUUGUUUUGAUUCUUCCAAGCCAGAAGCACCAAGGGAGAAGGGGGACUCCAAUGAACCUUCCCGGCUUUUACUUUCAGGCAACAGAAGAGAAGUGAAGGCGCCCCAAAGCGGAAGGAGACGGAUUUGGAGGAACUGAGUGAUCACGGUGGUUGUGAAGGUGAAGAAGAGGCGCCUUCCCGGGUUUGGAUUCCUGUUUCCAACAAGGCGAGGAGGAGAAGGCGAAGAAGGGAAGGAAGGAAGGAGGAGAAGGCGCACCAAAGCGAGAGGCAAAUGGAAAUGGACUGAGAUACCCCUCAAAGCGUUCCCUUCCCGACUCUAACCCAACGAGGAGGAGAACUGAAGGCGCACCAAAGCGAAAUGGAUUGAGAUACUGCUGAGAGGCUCCCUUUUGUUGAUUCUUCUCCUUUUUCUUUCCCAGCCAGGCUGUAAGAGGAGAGGGAUUGCAAUGGACUGAAAUGCCAGGCGGGUGGCGAAGGUGAGGAGGCGCCUGGGCUGCCUCUCUCUCUCUCUUCACGCUUUCUCCGGCGCGCGCGCACACGCGUGGGUCGGGCGCGCGCGUGCUCUCCUCUCUCCUCCUCCCCCCUCCCCCUCCCCAUAUGCAGCCCCGCUCUCGGGGGGCCCCUCCUGCCAUGGCCGUCUCGGUGAUCCAAGCCUGCCGCAGCCUGGCCCUCUCAACAUGGCUGCUCUCCUUUUGUUUCGUGCAUCUGCUCUGCCUGGACUUCACGGUGGCCGAGAAGGAGGAGUGGUACACGGCCUUCGUGAACAUCACCUACGUGGACCCGGGAGGCGGCGGCGGCGGUGGCGCGGAGGUGCGGAGCGAGAAGACGGAGUGCGGGCGCUACGGGGACCAGUCUCCCAAGCACGACGUGUGGGGCCCCGUGGCCAUGGCGGCCGUGGCCAGCGAGCGCCAGGCCUGCGACCCCAACGCCCGCUUCGCCGGCCCCGGGCCCGGCAAGGUCUGGGUGGCGCUCAUCCCCAAAGGGAACUGCACCUUCAAGGAGAAGGUCCGCCACGCCGCCGCCCAGAACGCCUCCGCCGUGGUCAUCUACAACGUGGGCGCCGGGAACGCCAACGAGACCACCACCAUGCCCCCCGCCGGUAUAGAAGAUGUGGUAGCAAUAAUGAUCCCUGAACCAAAGGGGAAAGAGAUUGUGAGUCUGCUGGAGCGCAAUAUUACUGUGAUGAUGCACAUAACCAUUGGAACCCGAAACCUGCAGAAGUACGUUAGUCGCACCUCUGUGGUGUUUGUCUCCAUCUCUUUCAUUGUGCUGAUGAUCAUUUCACUGGCAUGGCUGGUCUUCUACUAUAUUCAGAGGUUCAGAUACGCAAAUGCCAGAGACAGAAACCAGCGCCGUCUUGGAGAUGCAGCAAAAAAAGCAAUCAGCAAACUGCAAGUCAGAACAAUAAGAAAAGGAGAUAAGGAAACUGAGCCAGAUUUUGAUAACUGUGCAGUGUGUAUUGAAGGUUACAAACCAAAUGAUGUUGUCAGGAUCUUGCCCUGCAGGCACCUCUUUCAUAAAUCUUGCGUAGAUCCAUGGCUACUAGACCAUCGUACCUGCCCUAUGUGUAAAAUGAACAUCUUAAAAGCACUAGGGAUUCCGCCAAAUGCAGAUUGUGUGGAUGAUAUCCCUCCAGACUUUGAAGCUUCUAUAGGAGGGCCACCAACAAAUCAAAUUACAGGAGCUAGUGACAUAACUGUGAAUGAGAGCUCUGUAGCUUUGGAUCCCCCAGUCCGGACAGUAGGGGUAUUACAAGUCAUCCAGGAUGCAGAUCCUCUUCCACAGACGGGGGAAAGUAACCUCACUACAAGCAGUGAGCAGGAGCCUGCAGUUAGUAGUGAUUCCGAUAUUUCAUUGAUUAUGGCAAUGGAAGUUGGACUCUCUGAUGUAGAGCUUUCCACUGACCAAGACUGUGAAGAGGUGAAAUCCUGAAAAAGCAAAUCAAAAGCCCCUUUCACUGAACUAAAGGGCAGCAGCAGGGAGGGGAAGGAACGAACUGUCAACUCUGUAAGAUUUGGACCAGUUGUGUACACAUGCAUACUCAUAUACACAUGUACACACGACGCACGUACCCAUAUACACACAUCUGGAAUAUUUUGCGAAGUCUAGUGCACUCCAUUCAAGGCUGGUCACGAAAAGCAAUAGUGAAAGAUGUGUCUGCCUGGAUGCCAGUUGAUCAACGAUGUGUGUUCUUUUCAUUGACAUUGGAAGGUGAAAUCAAACUUUUUUCUAAUACAUUCAUCGGAAGGGUUAGGGGCUCAGAACUUUGUAACUGAAGAAACAGACUGAGAGUUUUCUACCUUCAAUGGUUUUUUUUAAAUAACCCAGAAAUAUCAUAAUGUGAUUAUUUAUGGUACAUGACCGACAUUUUCCCCCCGGUGCACCCAGCUCCUUCAAGAGUACGAAGAUGUUUCAUGAGGAUUUAUGAAUGGCUAGUUUCUCCUACAUAGAGGAAGCAUUACUCCAAGAACAGAAAUGCUUCAGGGCUGUGUAUUGGUCUGAAGCCUUUUUCAUUAAGGUAUUAAUGGAGCUCGGAGAGCUAUGCUUCCAGGGUCUCCCAGCCAAGAGAAGGGAGAAUGAAUUUAUUGAGAUUGGUGAUUUGCUUCUCAACUGUGUUGAAUAUGAUGACAGCUGUGAGAUUAAAAGUUAGCUAGUUCUUGCA